GGGGGGUGUUGUCUGCUACAGGCAUCAUGACGGUCGAAACGAAAAUUCUCAAGUAGAGGAAGAAAAUAAACCUGGAUAGGACAGAUUAAUUUUAUUUGUAUUUUAAAUGGAGUCGGGGGAACGAGUGAAUAAUUUACCAGGUGUGAUUUGGUUUGGAAUGGGGCACCCAUUUUAUUGUACUGUUGGAAAAGAUUUCAUUCGACUGCGCUCCUAAUUCAAAGAUGGAGCAGACCCUUGUCAACAUGCAUUAUAGCUCGCAAGAUUUCCAUACUUCUGAGCUGGACACAUUAGCAAAUGUAUUUAGUCUCACCCCAACAGACCCACUUAAUACUUUUGCAGAAAUGUGGUACCAAGUCUUUUUAUGGGCAUUGUUUUCAUCUAUUUUUGUCCACGUGAUUGCUGCUGCAAUAUCCUUUGCAACACUUCACAAGCAUAGGUUUGGAAAGUUUUUUCCGGUCAUGAUAUUGAUAAUGGGAGUGGUGGGUCCACUGACUUCUGGGGUCAUCAGCAGUGCAGCCAUAGCUUAUGUUUAUCGUGCGUCUAGUUUACAAAUGGCCCCUUUGUACGCUCUUUUCUGGGGUGUUGGACAAACCAUCAUGACAGUUUGUGUUGGAUUCACUAGAAUAUUAGCAACAUUAUAAUUUAUACAUCUGUACUGCAUUCCACAGCUCUGAUUUACUUUAAGUACUCUCCUACAUUUUGCAUCUAAUGCUGCAGUUCAUUUUCGUUGUGAGUUUUUAAUGCCAAAGUAUGACAAGGAAAAAGUUAGCCUGGUCUGAGCUUUUCUUAAAAGGGAAAUUAAGAAAAUUUGAUUACCUAGUUCUGGACUGGCAAUGUCUUAUUCUAUUUCUUACAAAUAUUGUGUUUGUCAUGCACCUUGAAAACACAUAAGUUUGAUUUGAACCCACCAAAACUUGUACCCCAAAGCUAUUUUAAUGUUAAUGUUAAUCUCUGAGAGUUGUUUGUCUCUGAGACUUUUCCUCAAUGAGAAUGCAUUUAAAUGUGUAUCACUGUUUAUCCUUAGAAAAGAACCUUUCCUGUUGCAGUUUUUAUAUCUUCUUUUCUUGUUUAGAACUCUUGAGUCCUGUGUAUUGUCUGUUGUCGGCAAUAAUAUCCUUUUGGACUCUUUGCCUUUAUACUUCUAUUGUCUACCUGGUGUCUGUAAAUAAUUUUUUUUUUUUCUGUAAUGUAGCACAAUGUCUCUUCUGAUUGAAUAUAUUUAAAUUUGACUAUUUUCCCUGCAAAAGAACAAAAUACCUAUUCAAUUGAUAUUGUCUUGGAAUGUAAAUGUUAAUAUUUUGCCUGAUCAAGUGAAUUUCAGUUAGUUCAGAAAUUCAAAACAGAUUAUUGUAUAGUCUAUGAAUUGUUGUGGAGGUCUUAUGUUUUAAGGAAAGGCUGUGGACUGAAUAUGAUUAGUUUGGGAGUUGAUAAAUGUUCCAAGAGCAAGACCUCACAUUAUAGUUGAUAUAUUGUUCCAAUUGCAAGGCCCCAACCUUUCAUUAUGAUAGGGUGCCUUUCAAUCACUCAAUGGUCAAUAUGAAAUAGUACUUGUUUUUAUAUUGACCGUUUCCUUUUGAUUUUCUUGUAUACAUGAUCUUGUUUUCUGUUUUGGCUGUAUGUUGGCUUCAUGUAGAGCUAAACAUAUUGGUAAUGCUGAUAAUGGUGCUUUAAUUAUAACUGUUGUGGAAGCUGCAGCUAAUAUAUGGUAAAGUAGGGGUUAUUUUUUUAUGUGCCGAAUACGGUAAAUUUAGACAAAAUUCUAUGUUAAUAUUUCAUUCAUAGUUAACUGGUAGUGUCUUUUCUUAAUUUUAAACAAAAAUGUGUAUUAUUUUUUCAGUACAUAUUGUCUUCUGAUAAUGUUGUAUGAACCAGCUGUGAUUGUUAAUUUUUUAUUGUAUAUAAAUAAAUGCCCAGGUUUGGUGUGAAAAUGU